AUGUCUGUUGAACAGCUAGUCCAAUCCCUUUCUCUCGAGGAAAAGGUCUCGCUUCUCGCGGGAAAAUCAUACUGGAGAACGGCGGGACUUGCAAAGUACAACAUCAAGCCUAUCAAGCAAGAGGCUAAAUCGACAUGCACCGUGCAGUACAGUGAUGGCCCUAAUGGCGUUCGUGGGGAAUCCAUUCAUGCCUCAACAAAAGCCACCUGCUUCCCUUGCGCGGCAUUGGUCGGGUCGACUUUUAACCCCGAUUUGGCUCAUAAAAUGGGUCAAGUCAUUGGUAAAGAAUGCAACGCCAAGGGCGUUGGUCUUCUUUUGGGUCCAACUAUCAACUUGCAUCGUUCUCCACUGGGCGGGAGAAAUUUCGAGGCUUACUCCGAAGACCCGACCCUAUCUGGGCUACUUGGGGCUGCAUUCGUUAAGGGCGUCCAAUCAGAGGGGGUGUCUGCCUGUCCCAAGCAUUUUGUAGGCAAUGAAUGCGAAACCAACCGCAAGACAUCGAAUACUAUUGUCGAUGAGAAGACGCUGCGGGAGUUAUACUCAUAUGCUUUCCAAGUGUUAUUCAAGGAGUCCACCCCGUGGGCCAUUAUGACAUCGUACAACCUAGUUAACGGUGCUUUCAUGUCUGAGAAUGAAGAGCUACUUCAAGGUCUCCUCCGCAAGGAGUGGGGCUUCCAGGGCGCCAUCGUUUCCGAUUUUGAGGGAGUUUACUCAACUGUCCCCUCUGUCAUGGCAGGUGUUGCACUCGAGCUACCGGGUCCUGCUCGUUUCAGAGGAGAACACCUUCUGAAGGCCAUCCAAAAAUGCCAGAUAGCAGAAUCGCACAUUGAUGACCUGGUCAAAGAUGUCAUCGCACUAUCAGCCAAAGUUGGUAUGAAAGAUGAAACGGCCGUUGAGAAAGAUAUUCUCAAAGAGGAUAGCACAGCAACUCUUGUAAGGGAUAUUGCUGCAGAGGGAAUUAUCCUGCUGAAGAACGAUGGCAACCUUCUCCCGUUACUACCAUCGAAGAAACUUCGAAUUGCUGUUUUUGGCUCUCCGGCUGCCAAUCCCAUUAUCCAUGGAGGCGGCAGUGCGUCGCUUACUUCGUCCUAUGUCAUCUCGCCUCUCGAUGCGCUCAAAGAAAAGUUUGGGGAAGAAAACAUUCAUUAUCAUCCAGGGGUUCCAAUCUUCAAGAAAAUUCCGUCUGCUCCAAUUUCCGUGAUGACAGCACCGAGCAUUGGUCAGCCAGGAGUCGACUGUUUCUGGUACAAUGGCUGGGUGGUUGGUGAAAAUCCAGUGCAUCACGAGAUUCUAGAGACGACACGAACACUCGUCAUCGAGUCGCGAAUCUCGGAUCUUCAACCAAAGCACUGCAGUCGAAUGAGCUUUAUUCUUCGACCAAAAACUACUGGCCUGCAUAGAUUUGGAGUGACUGCCUGCGGAAAGAGUGUUCUUCGAGUAAAUGGAAAAGUUCUCUUAGAGCACUCGGGAUUCGACGAUUGCCGAGUGGAAUAUGUCAUGCAACCUGGAGAUUUUGAGGAGCGAGCCGAUAUCUUUAUGGAAGCUGGUUGUGAGUAUGAAGUGACUAUCGACACUCUGUCAACCACUGCGCCGAGUCCAUCGCCAAUCUUUGACAUUACGCCGCAGGCUACGUCAGUAGGAUUCUACGAGAACCUAAACACUCCCAUCAAUGAACAGCUACAACAAUUGGCAUCUGAGAGCGAUGUUGCCAUUAUUUUCACUGCAAAUAACAAGGAGUACGAAUCUGAAUCAUUCGACCGCUCUUCGCUGUCUUUGUCUCCGCUGCAAGAUGAAUUGAUUCGGGCUGUUUCUGGCGCAGCACCCAAAUCUAUCUUGGUGAAUCAGACUGGAUCUCCCAUAUCAAUGUCCUGGAUUGAUGAGGUCGACUCCAUCCUUCAAUGCUGGUAUGCUGGUCAAGAGGUCGGGAAUGCUUUAGCAGACAUCAUCAGUGGCGAUAUCAACCCCUCUGGCAAACUUCCUGUCACAUUUCCCAAGUGCAUUGAAGAUACUCCAUCCUUUGGAAAUUUUCCGACAGAUGAAAACAUGAGGAUUCGGUACGAAGAAGGAUUGGAAAUGGGUUACCGCGCAAGCAAGCCUGCUCCUCUUUUCCCCUUCGGUUACGGGAAAUCAUACACCGAGUUUGAGGUGCAAGGGCUUGCUAUCAAGAGAACUGCCAGUUUGACCGCCGUGGAUUUGACGGUGGCGACGACAGUCACUAAUGUCGGACCAGUAGCCGGCGGGGAAGUUGUCCAAGUGUAUGUUGACGGCGUACUGAAGGCUUUCCGGAAGGUUCUCCUCAGUCCAGGAGACAGCCACGCUGUGGAAGUCACUUUGGACAAAUAUGCAUUUAGCGAAUGGUCUUCAGACGAUAAAAGAUGGAUCGUCAAGCCUCGAGUAUAUAGUAUUGAGCUUCGUCAAGACGCAAAUACUUUGCUUGCUUCAACUACUUACAAUGUUGAGACAGGCCUAUCCUGGAGCGGGCUUUGA